GGGGAAUUAAGAGAUGUGUUUUUGUGAGUGUUUAUUAGAAAAGACUUGAUGUUGUUUUGAAAAAAUAUUCUCCCUACAAAUAAGGGGAGUCUCUCGGACAUUCUAAGAAGCCAUUAUUCACGAUGGAAAAGGGAUAUUCUAUGAGAAACAAGGAUGAACUUCUUGAUCUUUACAACAACUGUUUUGAGACAGAUCUUGCAUUUGAAGGAGAAGACUAUAUCACCAAGAUAUACCAAGCGGAUUUCACAACCGUGUUCAAGAGAGGUUUGAUGUACAAGGGAAUCUAUUGGCCAUCUCUGACCAAUAGUUUUCAUUGCAAAAAACUUGAAUUGGCUUACCUCAGAUAUUCACAUAGACAGAGACAAAAAGCUCUUAUAAUAGUUAAUAUUGUUGAUUUCAUGUUGAAAGUGGUGCUCAGUCUUUUAUGGGUUUCAUUGGUACCAGAAGGAGAUGAGACUGUGGUUCUUCAGUCGGAUCACAUCGUAUGGUCAGUAUGCUCUAUGUCCGUCAAUAUUGCCAUUUGUGUUCUAGGAUGGUGGAAAUGUUUCGCGAAUAAUUAUCUUCAUUGGGCUGCCAUGACCACGUGGCUUUUAUUAACGAUGCAAAGUUUUAUUGGCAGAGGUAUAGGAUUUGAGAGGAAAUUAGAACUAGUUUGGUACUGUUUAUUCAUAAUUUUCGUGCUAUAUGCAAUGUUGCCGUUGCCUUUGAGAUGGUGUAUGAUCGCAGGUUUCCUCUCAGCAGUAGGUCACCUGAUAAUAGUAGCGAUGGAGAUGUUUGAAGCAGUCAAUGAAUGUAAACACAUAGACACAGAAGGAAAAAUCCGACGAAUUUGUGCAAAUGCUACUCUGUAUAUAGCAGUGAAUUUGGCUGGAAUGUACACAAAAUAUUUAACGGAUAGAAAUCAAAGAAAAGCUUUCCUUGAAACACAUCGAUCUAUGGGCACUCGUUAUAGAACACAAUAUGAGAACGAAAAACAAGAAAAACUACUACUUUCCGUUUUGCCCGACUUCGUUGCCAAAGAAAUGAUAAGAGACAUAGAAAUCGAGGAAAAGGGUGGCUUAUUUCAACCCAUCCAAUUUCAUAGGAUCUACAUACAUCGAUACGAAAACGUCAGCAUUUUGUUUUCGGAUAUCAAAGGUUUCACUGCUUUGGCGAGCAAAUGUACAGCUUGCGAAUUGGUGAGGGUACUGAACGAUCUGUUCGCAAGAUUUGAUCGAUUAGCCGAUGAAAACCACUGUUUAAGAAUCAAACUGCUGGGUGAUUGCUACUAUUGUGUUUCUGGAUUGCCGGAACUGCGAUCUGAUCAUGCACACUGUAGCGUAGAAAUGGGAUUACACAUGAUCAAGGCAAUCAAGGAUGUAAGGGAUUCAACUCAGGUAGAUUUGAAAAUGAGAAUCGGUAUUCAUUCUGGUUCUGUUCUUUGUGGUGUGUUGGGACUGAGAAAAUGGCAGUUUGAUAUUUGGUCAUCUGACGUCCACCUAGCCAAUCAUAUGGAAGCAGGCGGGAAAGAAGACCGCGUACAUAUAUCUGAAACUACCUUGAAAUGGCUGAAUGGUGCGUAUGAAGUGGAACCUGGUAAUGGCGCUGAAAGAGAUAGCUACCUGAAAAAUCGUAAUGUUACUACAUAUUUAAUAAAACAAGUUGAGCCCAACAAAAUACGGAGAAGGUUUGCUUCAAUACCUAGAUUUUGCUCCGAUACUAAGCGCUACGUUUUGGGUUCUUUCGAUUCUUGUCAUUCAGAGGGCCCCUCAUCAAGUGUUCCAGCAUCGAGAGAAAGAGUUGACAGUAUUAUUCAUCUGAGUAGUGCUUCAGAUGAAGAAAACACAACUGAUUGGACGCCAGAAAUUCCUUUCGAAAAUCUUCGACAUCCUCUUUCUGGAAAUUUGGACGAUGAUCUAGAGUCCCUCAAUGAGUUACACUCAAAAGGAAGAUACAAUGUCAGCAGUAAUACGAAUUUUAACGAACGGAGAAAGUCUAUUACAAAAAACUUCGAAUCAGAGCAAGGAGUUGAUGAUAUACUGGACCAUAGUAUCGAAAUUGAAAGUAAUAAAAGGAUGAGGAGUGCCAACGUGAAUCCUUGGACGUUGAGAUUCAAAGAUAAAAACAUGGAAAAGAAGCUCUGUCAAAUGAGGGAAGAUAUGUUCAAGUCAAACAUGCUGUGUUGCCUCAUAAUUUGGAUUUUCAUAGUUGCAUGUCAGCUGAUAAUCUUCAAACCGAAAGAAUACUACAUACCCAUUGGGUUCUUCUUCACCUCAACCAUUCUCAUAGCUACCUUCGUGAUAGUUAUGGCGGAAGAGUUUGAACAGUUUCCUGAAUAUUUACAGCAUAUCUCAAAGACUUUCGUUCACAACAGGACCUGUAGGACUUGUCUUAUAUGUGGGGUUAUUGUCUUAAUGGCAAUUACUAGCUCUAUUACACUCAUUAGAGAGGAUCCCUGUCAUCUUGAUCCUGUAUUUAUGGACAAUGUUUCAGAAAAGGUACGAUCUACUCCUGCUAUUCUGAAUGCAUCACCAAGGAAACCUCAACAGGUUUCACUGAACGUAUCAUUGAACGUAAACGACAUCAUAAACAUCCAAUACAACAGUAAUAAAAGUACCGCUGAAAACACAUUGAAUGAAAUAAUCUCAAAAGCAGACUACCUGCGUUCCCUUACAGAUAAAUCAGUAGAGACUCUACUUGAGAUACAAGCAAAGCUGGAUUCAUUGAAAAGUCUCCGAGACGUAAAAUUUGAUGAACAAAAAAACUUGAGUAUCCAGGGUAGAUUGAGAAUAAAAAGGGAUAUUCUGGAAGCAAAUUUAUCUCAAAAUGAUACUGAUGAGGACUUGAUAACGUCUGAUUUUCCUAGACGGACUUGCGAAGAAGAUGACUCAAUGGAGUACAUGAUUUUCACUUGGGUUUUGUGUCUGAUUGCUUUGGCUGCAGCUCUGAAGUUGUACUAUAUGGUCAAACUAAUUUUGGCCUUUGUGAUGGUUAGUGUGUACUCUACGUGUAUUUUAGUUUUCUACGACGUAUUCAGAAAAUCAUCAGAAAAAACAUGUGUACCUCUCACAUCCCAGAUGUUGAUCCUACUGGUUGUUUUUUUCCUGAUGGUUGCGUAUCACGCAAGACUUGUCGAGGUUUCUUCGAGAUUGGACUUUUUAUGGAAGCAACAGGCUGAAAUGGAACUUCAUGACAUGUUGGAGACUAGACAUAACAAUACGCAGCUUCUGAAGAAUAUUCUUCCUACCCACGUUGCUCAUCAUUUCUUGAGCAUGGAUAGGAAUAGCGAUGAACUAUAUUCUCAAUACAGGGACGAAGUAGGAGUUAUGUUCGCAAGCAUCCCGAAUUUCACAGAUUUCUAUUCUGAAGACGUUAACAAGGGUGUUGAGUGUAUAAGACUAUUAAACGAAAUAGUAGCCGAUUUCGAUGAACUUUUGGACGAAGAGAGAUUCAACUCAAUUGAAAAAAUCAAAACAGUUAGUCCAACGGCGACAUAUAUGGCUGCUUCUGGUCUGAAUCCAACACAAGAUCAAGUCAAGAGGGAAAGUAAUAAUCAUUUUGAUAACGUUGACCACCUGUGUGCCCUCGUUGAUUUUGCUCUUCUCCUUCGCCUCAAACUACAAGAGAUCAAUCAGGAUUCCUUUAACAACUUUGGCCUCAGGAUUGGCAUCUCAUGUGGACCACUUGUAUGCGGUGUCAUAGGUGCAAGAAAGCCUGUGUUUGACAUUUGGGGUAAUACUGUCAAUGAAGCUUCGCGAAUGGACUCUACUGGACUCGUAGGGCAUAUACAGGUGCCAAAACAUACAGCACAGAUUCUAGCUGUUCGAGGUUACGACGUAAGAAGAAGAGGCGUCAUAGAAGUGAAAGGCAAAGGCUUUAUGGAAACCUAUUUUGUAAACGGUAGACAAAUAGGAAAACCACCGAUUUUCCAGAGGCAACCCAGCCAUCACAAUAGCCUGACAGCUGUGGUGUAUGCCAUGAAGAAGAAGCAAAAUAACAACACUGGAAUUGGGAGUGGAAAAGUCAAAUUGGUUCCUAGAAAUCGUGAGAAGAAAAUCUCGAUUUCCAGCUCCAUGAGAAUCUCCAGUAGGACUUCCGGAUUUCCAGUUAGAAGGAACACCACACGAACUAAUCAGAAAAAAAUCCCUGAAAAGUCAACACCAAUUACCAGACGAUUCGGUACUUUAGGUGUUACUUCUGGAAAUAAAAGAGCUUUUUCUGGUAUUGACGAUGUAAAUUCAAAUAAUAGAGAUGGAGGUUCACAAUCUGCUCAGCUAACUCCUGUGAGUAGAUCACCGUUUUUAGAAGUUGCUGGGAGAAUAGUAUCAACUAAAGUAGACCGUUCUUCCUCUACCGAAGCAAAAAGAUUAACAAUCCCUAUCAUUCAGGAUUCUUCAAGCCUCAGUAAUAAAUCUUCUUUCACAAAAGAACCAAGAGAAACGCUAGAUGAAGAAUCAUUGAAGACUUACAAAUCUAAAAGUCCUAUUGCUCCUGUACACUCACUGAAGCCUAUGUUAAUGAACCGAAUAAAGAGGAGUUCAACAUUUCUCCAAGAACCGAGGAAAAAGGUCGAUUUCAAUGAUAGGGAAGGUAUUUGAAAUCAAGAUCAAUGAAUUGAUAUUUCAAUGUUAUUCUCUGUUAUUCAGAUUUGUUUUUAAGAGAAGUGCCAUAUAGGUAUUUCAUUACUGCCAUACAAGGUUGUCAAGCUGAACUGUUUCAAUAAAAAGCAAA